CUCUCGUUCUCCCUAUCCCUCCCAUCCUCCCCAAGAAUAACACACUUCACCACCUCCCCCCUCUCAUCCACAAUCGCCCUCCCAAUUCUCCCAUCAACCCACUCAAUCCUAAUCUGUUUCGCCUCCGCAUCCGCAGCACUAAUAUCAUUAAUAACCUUCUCCCUCCCCUUCCCCUUCCUCGACUCCUUCUCAUCUAACUUGAACUCCCUCCUCAAGCUCUUGAUAACACCCGUGCGAUUAUGAUACGCUACCACCUCCCUCCUCAGCGCUCUAACAAAGCGUCGCAAAUCCUGCUUCUUGCCUCCCGCUCCAGCACUCUCAACACCCAUCGCCGUGCUGCCUUUCCCGUGCGGUAGGAACUUCUCUGCGAGAGAAGAGAGCGGUAUACUUGCUGGCACGGUAUGGCGAUGAAUGCGCAGGAGAUCGCUACCCUGCCAGGGCUUGUUCAGCAUGAUAUAGUAUGGCUUGACGAACUUCCCCGUGCUGGAUACAUCGAUGCGGAUUCCUAGGACAUUGCCGCCGUCUACGGAAUUGGGGUCUGGGUCUUGUACGCGGAAUGUGGUUAUUCCUGCGCAGGCGCGGUAGAGGUUCUCUUGUGUGUGUGCGCGUUGGGCGGUCGAUGCUGCGAGGAGGAGGGGGGUUGUGUCGCUGGGUUGGGGUUGGGGUUGUGGUUGUGAGGGUUUUUGCGAGGCGCGGAGGCGGGUUAGGGUUGCUUUUGUGUGUCUUGAGGAGAGGAUUGUUGCUGCUUGGAGUUUGCGCUGGGAUUUGAGGGAGGAUACUGGGAGUGAAUAUGUUAGACGAGUUGUGGUGAUGGAUGGAAGGGUGUUUACUUUGUGCUUGGAGGGAGGAGAUCUCGUCGUCGAGUUGUGCGCCGAUCGCGUCUGAGGCGGAGGUGUCUUCUGUCGAAGGGAGCAUGGUUGUUGAAGUGUUCUAUUAACUUAAUCAAUGGCUUGAUGGACUGAAAUGAUAAUGCGAUCAAUAAUACAGGUGUCUAAGCAGGCGAUGUCGUCGUGAUACUCGAGAACGAUGAUGGUUGAAGUCAACACAGACUGGAGUCCUACGCGUCGCUUCGUUAUCUGGCGCCAAAUCCCGUGCUUGGUGGGCCGAUAAGGCACGAACAAGCACGAGCUGGACAUCAGGUCUUGUCUUGUCUCAUGCUGCUAAUCCUCCUGGAUCAUUGUCCCCAUCCCUUCUCAACGUCUUCCACAUAUUAUCUCUCUUCUUCUCUCUGUCGUCAGCUUCAAGUUCUAUUCAUUGGUGUCCUGUUCAUGUUCUCUGCCAGCCGCCGGCUGCCUCGUCCCCUCCUUUGCCCCUCGUGUUGAAGAGGCCACGUUCGCUUGACAGUAGUGUUUCGUGCCUGGCGAUCCACUCGCACCGCAGGCGGCCAGAAUCUCCAGUCCAGUCCCCGUUUCUUUAUCCCGCGGGACUUUAGAGGCCAGCGAGUCUCUAAAGCUCUGCCUCAACACCACAUGUAUGCCUACUCCAUUAGGUGACACCAUUCCUUCGAUUUCUGUUCACUCGCAAAGCACCCUUCACAAUAACCAGCGUCUACCGUUACACCACGAUUCGCAAUUCCCCCACGCGCAGGAACUCGACGAUCUCGCCCCAAGCACCACUGGACAACGUCACAAUAGAAACAGAAAUUCCUUAAGCUUAGAAGACACACCGGAGGAUACGCACCUGCUUACCGCAGACUCGUCAGGCGAAGAAGAAGACGAUCCUUCUAUGGGUCCCAAGUCGAGAAGGCCGCGAUCCAAGGAGCCAAAAGGCUCGUCCUCUUCUGCUACAGGAGGGGAAAACGGUCACCUCAACGGCAGUAUGAAUAACAAUGUGGAAUACAGGCGCAAAAAUGCCUCGCUCGAAUCCCCAACCAUUACAGCCAACCUGAUGGCGCGCGAAUCUUUUACAUUAGACGACCAUGUCCCCAAAACACCAACUAUGAACAACCAUGGCUUCUUUGAGCUGCCCAUGUCGGACAGGAGGAAUUUUGGCUUGCUGGUCUUGUUAUACUUUCUGCAGGGUGUUCCGAUGGGGCUGGCGACUGGCUCAGUACCUUUCUUACUGAAGCCUUACAUGUCAUACAGUGCGCUGGGCGUGUUCAGUUUAGCAUCCUACCCAUAUUCGCUGAAGCUAUUAUGGAGUCCAAUAGUCGAUGCAGUAUGGAGUCCCAAGCUUGGCAGGAGAAAGAGUUGGAUUAUGCCCAUUCAGAUGUUGUCUGGGAUCGGUAUGAUAUGGCUGGGAGCAAGAGUCAAGGAGAUGAUGGUUACAGCUGGCGCAGACGGUGGGGCUGGGAUAUGGGGAUUUACCGGAUGGUGGUUCUUCCUGGUCUUCAUGUGCGCGACGCAGGAUAUUGCUGUAGAUGGUUGGGCGCUGACGUUAUUGACUCCGGGCAAUAUCUCGUACGCUUCUACGGCGCAGACAGUUGGCUUAACUGCUGGCCAGUUCAUGUCCUACACCGUAUUUCUUGCCUUCAACUCUCCCGACUUUGCCAACAAAUGGUUCCGAAAGACACCUUUGGCGGAAGGUGUCAUGACACUCGGGGGAUACUUGACAUUCUGGGGAUGGGCAUACAUUAUUGUCACGCUUGGUCUCGCAGCACUGAAGCGCGAAGAGAAGACCAGGAAUGAGGACGGCAUUUGGGAUGUUUACAAGGUCAUGUGGGGAGUUCUGAAGUUGAAGAACAUCCAGACGAUCAUUAUCAUUCAUCUGAUCGCCAAAAUCGGCUUCCAGGCCAACGACGCAGUUACCAAUCUGAAGCUCAUCGACAAAGGAUUCAGUCAGGAAGACCUGGCUCUUACUGUUCUCAUCGAUUUCCCCUUCGAAAUUGGUCUCGGUUACUAUGCAGGGAAAUGGUCCACGACUUACACGCCUAUGCGCCUCUGGUGUUGGGGUUUCGUAGGUCGUCUAAUUGCUGCUGUUAUUGCUCAGAUCACGGUUGUCAUCUUCCCUGCCAAGGGUGUUGACACUUGGUACCUACUUGUGGUCAUUGCCGAGCAUAUCUUUUCUACCUUUACCAGUACCGUCAUGUUCGUUGCAGUCUCAGCAUUCCAUGCUAGAAUUGCAGAUCCUGUCAUUGGAGGUACCUACAUGACAUUACUCGCUACCGUAUCUAACCUCGGCGGUACCUUCCCACGAUUCUUCGUCCUCAAACUUGUCGAUGCCUUCACAGUAGCAUCGUGUAUACCUCCAUCAGCUUCUUACGUGCUCGACUCUAAGCUUCGAGGUCCUCUCGUUACCCAGCCUUUCUCUUGCGCCUUGUCAGCUGAGAAAGACAGGUGUAUCCAGGGAGGUGGUCGUUGCGAUAUCACGACCGAUGGGUACUAUGUUAUGAACGUGGUGUGUGUGAUUAUAGGGGUCGUUACGUUCUGGGGUUAUAUUAAGCCAGCGGCGUUGAGACUGCAGGCCUUGCCGCUGAGAGCUUGGAGGACUUCGGAAUAGCAGCAUGAUGGUUGAGGGGAGGGCAUGAUGGAAAAGGGGGUGUGUAGAAUAUUGUAGAUUACAACUUAGAGGGGUGGAUGCAUAGUUAGCAUUUGAAAGCAUAGCAUUGAAUAAGGAU